AUGACGUCAAAUGAGUACAAGCAAGCUCUGUCGCUUAUCAAGCACUGUAUACUGGCCACAGAUCUGGCGCUAUUCUUCACAAAUAAGGCAGAGCUUAACAAAAUCGUCGAUUCUGGCAACUACGACUUUCGCGAUGAGCAUCACAGGCGGCUCACACAAGCGAUUCUGAUGACAGGCUGCGAUUUGAUUGCCUCGGCGAAACCAUGGUACAUCCAAACUGAAACCGUCAAGGUUAUCUUCGAGGAGUUUUACGAACAGGGAGACGCGGAACGUUUGAAUGGACGCGAACCGAUACCGAUGAUGGAUCGUAAUAAAGCUCAUGAGCUUCCACAAAUGCAGGUCGGAUUUAUGCGUGGAAUAUGUCUACCAUGCUAUGAACUGAUCGCAAAAGUGAUUCCUGAGGCAGCUUUCCUCAGAGAUCAGUGCGAGUACAACGCUAAGAAAUGGGAAGAACUAGCCGCUGAGCAAGCCGAACUGAACAAGCAAAAAACGGAAGGAGAGCAACCGGCUAUAGAGGAAGAGAAAAAAUAA